AACAAAGUGAGCAAGCCUUGGCUGGCAAGAUGUGCCCUUGUAGCAAACUUUGGCAACCAACCAGAACCGCUGUAUCUCGCUUACGAAGCAGCGCAAAUUUAAAGACUUUUAAGGAUAAGAACGUGAAGAUUUUGGAGGCAAAGAUACAUAGAGUUUACAUUGAAAUGUUUUUUGAGUGUGAAGUAAUGGACGAUGCAUGGAUUGGCGCCAUGGCCAUGGGUUUAAACUUUUUUUUUGGUCCUAUAUCAAGUGCAUUGUGUGAUCGUUUUGGAUGCCGUGUUGUGUCCUUUGCUGGUGCGUUACUAUCCGUCUCAGGGUUGUUCCUAACCUCCUUCAUACAAGAAGUUCAUAAGAUGUAUGUGACCUACGGGCUUGUAUGGGGAAUAGGUUCUAGUUUCUCCUUUGUGUCGUCCAUCGUUGUCCUGGGUCAAUACUUUGAUAGAAGAUUGGCGCUUGCCAAUGGGAUUGCAACAUCCGGAAGUGGGGUAGGCUCUCUUGUUGCCGGGCCGGUCAUAAAUUACCUACUGGCAUCUGUCGGAUGGAAACACUCCAUGCGCAUUUUGAGCGCGUUUGCUGGACUGUUAUGGAUUGCAGCUAUGAUCUUUAAACCAAGGAAAAAUCUUCAGUCUACCAAGGAAAGAAGAUGUACCAAGUUAUUUGAUACUUCAAUAUGGAAGAGUAAAGCGUACGUUUUGUGGGUCACUACUGUAGCUGUGUUUCAAUUUGGUUAUCUCAUUCCAUUUAUUCACCUGGUGAGGUAUGCCGAAGAUUUAGGAGUUCCAAAAUCUAAAGGCGCUUGGCUGAUUGGUUUUCUAUCCAUCACCUCAACGCUUGGUCGAGUGGUAUUUGGCAAGAUUUCCGACUUUAAAUUCGUCAACAGGCUCUACCUGUACCAAUUUUCGAUAUUUUCCAUUGGAUUGAGCACUCUCCUGUGUCCUCUGCUCAAAAACUAUGCAGGACUUGUGGGUUAUGCUUUGAUAUUUGGAUUUUUUGACGGAUGUUUUGUGGGCCAAGUGGCGGUGAUUACGGCUGAUGUGGUCGGACGCGAUAAGCUUUCUCAAGCAGUGGGCAACAUGUUUGGAACUCUGGCGAUACCAAUGAGUCUUGGUCCUCCGCUUGCAGGUUGGCUGCAUGAAGUAUUCGGUACCUAUGAUGAAGCAUUUUAUAUAGCCGGUUCUGUGGCGUUAUUUUCUUCGCUCAUGAUUUUUGGGGUGAACUGUAUGAUUCGAAAGCAGUCUAUAGCAAGGAGGCAAUUGGGAUUUAAAAACGACACUUCUUUGAAUAUUUCUGAAGCUGAAACGGCAUCUGACUCUGUUUACAAAAAUACAGAAUCACAGCCGAUGCUGGAAGAGGAGCACAUUGUCACCAAUAAACUUUGCAAGCUUCACUGCGCUUUAAGAACAAGCAAGGAACUUCUGGUGGUUGAGAGAGAAACUGUUUUAUAGCAUUUUUAGAGAUUCUUAGAUUACUGAUAAUGCAAUUUUCAACAGAGUGUAGAAACUUGUCCAGGACUGCUUUGGUUUUGCUUUGCUUCGCUGUGUCCUUGGUCUAAAAAACUCGGCCUCUUUUCCAACCAAUCAGAUGCAAAUCUUAAACCAACAGCGACUUUGUCACUUGCGAAGUGUGUCCAUCAAAUAACUUUUUUUGACACGGUGUGUCUGAACGGUGGGUUUAAACACAUAGGGUGAUCGAAUAUGCCCUAGCAACCAACUAAAACUGGAAAAUAUCCCCGUGAUAAACCUCAAGUGAUAUUCCCUAAUCUUCGAAUGUUCGUCUACCACAGUGAAAGUGUUCUUUUGAAUUCAAUUCAAAAUGAUAGACCAUUUAUACCUUGCUGCAGAAGACGGGACGUCGAACCGGAGAACAUUGAAAAGUAAAUAUCCCAUGCAGCAAACUGAAAGCUGUUCGUAAACAUUUUUCCUGCACGUUGCUAAAUUAUUUGAAAUAUAAUGAAUACAACAGCCUCCAGUCAGCGUUAAAAUAUACAUGCAUAUUUAUCCGUGUACAUGAUCUGUUCUUCAGCCUUGCAGUUUUCCUGGAGCUUCGCUCUCUGAAAACUGUUCACAACUUGGGACAGAUGACAUUCGCGGAACUUGAUAUCCGUACGUAUUCCCGCGCCUUAUGGAAGCUAUAGUUUAUUAAAUGUCAUAUAUCAUGGAGACGUGCGUGUUUUAUAGUUUAGUGGCAGCGGUGGGGCUCAGGGAUAUUUUCAGAAGCAAAGGUUAACAACUGCAUUGUUUACGUGACUAUCAUCGAUAUUUCACCAUGAUUUCACAUACAUCGCGUGACCUGACAAGGUCAAGGAACACGAAGCUAAGUUCAGACCAAUUACUUAACAAAAAAGUGCA